UUUCGCCAUCCUCGCGCGAUCGGAUGACGAUUCGCAGCUUUUGAUCCCAAAUUAGAGACGCUGAUCCGCGUACGGUGUGAUGUGACGAAGAAAAGGAGGACCGAUCGAGACACCGUUCGUGCCAAGUGCACUGCUCUCACGAGUAGAGGCGAAACAUCCGUGUUCUUGAACAAUCUGAUGAACAGCAUCUAGCAGUGAUCCCCAGCUACCACGCCAACCAUGCAUUCCUCGCUCGUGACCAGCAACGUAGGCGCGCUGCUGCCGUUCCUGGUGGUAUCGCUGAGCCAGCUGGCCCUGUCGUUCGUGCUGGAGGGCUCGGCGACCAGUUACGCUCAGUUCAGGAAAUGGAACGCGGGUCAGAACGGCACGCUGGAGUUCGAGUUCAAGACCGAGCAAGGCAACGGUCUGCUGCUGUACACAGACGACGGUGGUACCUACGACUUCUUCGAGGUGAAGCUCGUCGAGAGCGCGCUCAGAUUGAGAUACAACCUCGGCGGUGGUGCGCAGAUCGUCACCGUCGGCCACGACCUGGGAGAUGGCCACUGGCACAAAGUGCAGAUCACCAGGUGUAACGAGAACACCACGUUGACAGUGGACGGGGUGAGCGCGGUCUCGACGUCGCGUGGCAAGGAGUUCGAGUUUGGCAAGCUGGCAGGGAAUUCCGACGUGUACGUAGGCGGUAUGCCCAGCUGGUACAACAGCAAGCUCACGUUGCUCGCGCUACCGAGCGUGAUCUUCGAGCCGAGGUUCAACGGAUUCAUCAGGAACCUGGUGUACGCCGAUGGCGAGAACACGAUGCCCAGGAGGCAGGAAAUGAAGAGUCGGGAUGCUAAGUGCGGUGGAUAUCCAUGCGUGGAGAACGUGAAGCGCAAAUCGCCGAGG